AUGUCAAAUAAUGGUUCUAUUAAGAGUUCUGACGCAUUUGUACUCGAUAAAUCAAGUCAAUUUGGCCAAAAAAAAGAAAGGAUCGAUAUAUAUAUUCUUAAACUAUUAAAUAAAAAUUGGUUUGAUUAUAAUCUAGUUUGUAGCACCCCCUUUUAUUAUUUUGUUGAAGUUUCUUACUACAAAUUUUCCUAUUAUGUUGUCAUCUGGAAAAAAACAUCUUUUAUUACUGAAGAUUUUCACAUUAUUAAUGAUUUAUUAUCUGUUUUCAAGGAAAAUAAUAUAACAAUUGUCUCUAAUUCUAAUUUAGAAAAUACUGUUAAUGAAAAAUUUGAUGAAUCUGCAAAAAAUCCAAAUUCUUUAGCUUUUUGGACAAAUAAUGAAAAUACAAUCAUUGAUUUUCUUAAAGAAAAGUUUUAUGUUUACUAUAUAGAAAAUGAGACACAUAAUAAUCAAGAUUUAUUGGAAUUUGUAAGAUUUAUGAAAACAAAGUUUAGAGAUAUUACAUUCAUUGAUUCUUAUUAUAAACAAUGGCUUGACCUUAAGAACAAUAAAAAUUAA